CGACGCGUAGUUUCUACUCAUCAGUCUGUACGACAUAACUGUUCCGUUGUUCAGUGUCGAUUUUACCCUUGAUGUAAGUUUCCUUUCAACUGCAAACUGCAAUCCAUUCCCCCACUCGUUUUACAGCUGAUGCGAUAACUGUGUUACGGAUCUAAUGCUGCGAAACGGUUUGUUUGGUGUCCCCCAGAUAACGUACAAAAUUUACUUAGUUCGUCUGGUGUGCUCUCUGUGUAUUGAGUCGUGCGGUAGCGUCUGGAAUCGUGCGUACGAAGCGAAAAUCGCAGCCAGUACGCUUAUAGAUCCACAUAUUCUCACAUCUUACUGACUGGAAAGAGUGAAAUAAAAAAUUCAGAAGAGAGAGGGAGUAAGAUAGAACGAUUUAGUGAGAGCCCGAGAGAGGGAGAGAGAGAGAAGGAGAAUCGAGGGAGGGAGAAAAGAGAAAUAAACCAGUACAGGAUUGGAAGAAGAAAAAAAAAACAACAAAAACAACAACAACAACAAACAAUAAUAAAUAAAUUAAGUAAAUAAAAACAUCGACAAAAAUCGAAAUUCAUUCAGGUCAAGUCGAAUAAUCGAAAGUUUGACGUGUACACAUCAACUAACCAGUUGCGACGAAGUGGGUGGUUCGUUUUUUAUCAGAGGAGUGUACGCGGGGAUGGUAUACCUGGCGGGUACUUGGGGCAUGGGAGAGACUGAACCACAGUGCCAUAGCACCACCAUUUCCCCAGUAACAGCAUCAUUCCUCCAAGAUCACGAUGAAGAAGUCGCUCUCCAUCCCCUUAAUAAUCAGGUCGGCGGUCAUACCAGACUGUUGCUGCUUAACCAGAAUACCAUCUGCAAGCCAUUGAACUAUCGAGAGCUCGAGUUCUAUCAAAACAUUCCACAAGAUAUACAAAUGUUUGUCCCCAAAUUCAAAGGUGUAAUGCAGGCUUCCAGUAGCGGCGAGGUUUCACUAGACAAACGUUACAGUCCAAGCUUCAGAGAUCAAGCAGACACAACCAACACUCGCCAGGGAAAAGGUUCGACAAAACGAAAGCGUGACGAUGUUCUCAGGAUGAAAAUUCACCGCAAUAAUUGCACAGUUGAUGUCUUGAAGCCUGAAACUCAUUUGGAAAGUACACCGAAUACACAACAUUUUCUAAUGUUGGAGAAUAUAACAUCUCGAUACACGCAUCCAUGUAUAUUGGAUUUGAAAAUGGGGACCAGACAGUACAGUGAUGAUGCGUCAGCUGAAAAACGUAGCAAACAAAUUGCCAAGUGUGCUGCCAGUACUUCUGCUUCUUUAGGAGUUCGUCUGUGCGGAAUGCAGGUCUACCAAGCAGAUUCAGAUCAUUAUAUUAAAAGAGAUAAAUAUUGGGGCAGAGAACUGAAUGAAGAAGGUUUCAAAGCAGCACUAUACCGCUUCUUCCACAAUGGUUUUGGUUUACGAACGUUAGCCAUUCAAAGAGUGAUAGCUCGCCUGGAACUUUUGCACCGUGCAAUCGAACGACAAAGUAGCUACAGAUUUUAUUCCUGCUCACUUCUUGUCGUCUAUGAGGGGUAUCAAAUAGAUGACUUUUCAGUGCUAAGACACACCCCGACACUUCGAGUUGAAGAAGAAUCGACGGACUUAAAUUUUAUGGAAAAUAUUGCUCAUGGGUCUGAAACAUGUUAUGAUGCAGACACAAGCAACAAUUCAAAUGAUUACAAUCUUAGCGGUCACGAAGAAGUUAGCCAAGCCACACUCCACAGGAGUUUUGGAGAGGCAGCUGCACGAGGGGCCAAAAAUGCUAGUGGUUUUUAUCCAAUUAACGAGGAAACUGUGUUCAUGGAUUCACCUACAAACAUGGUCAGCACUGUUGUUCAAAGCUCGCAAUUUGACGACUGGAUGAUGUACAGCAGCAGUAGCGGGGAUGAAUUUUGUUGCGGGCAACACACAGCUGAUAGUUCUGAGGACACUAGUUCGGAUGUAGAAAUGGAAAGUACGGGAUGUGUAUUAAAGCGUAACAGACCCAGGCAACAUUUGCGAUUAUACGAAAACACUAAGCAUGUUGAAACAGAAGAUGAAUGUUCGAGUAUUUCUAAAAGAUUACGUGUUAAAACUGAUGAAAAAAAACAGGCAGAAAGUGAAGAUUCCCUCGUCGACGUAAGAAUGAUCGACUUUGCCAAUAUGUCGUUUAACCACACUGGAAGUUCUGUGGGGAGUUCAAAUUCAAAUUCUACGAUUCAUCAGGGUCCAGAUUGUGGCUUUUUGACUGGCCUAGACAGCCUGAAACGGCUACUAUUAGAGAUACUAACUGAAGGUUAAAAUUUGUGUAAUGUUAGAUCAGCAGACAAUUUAAAUAGCGAAACAACAUUUUAACCCAAAUGACAAAUAACUAGACACUUAUGUGGUGAAAAUGAUUUAUGCAUUAUACAACUCGAACACGUUAUUUAUAUAUAUAUAUGUAUGUUUUUAAAUCAAAUAAGAGAAGUGAAUGGCGUUAUAUGGAAAGACAGGGAUAAGAGAAAUAAACUCUCAGCGGAAUGUACAAAUCUCGAGUUCAUCUCAAAUUUCUCGUUCAUAACAAGUGUAUAGAAUUCAAGGGGUGAGCGCUCGGUAAGCAAAACGGUGAAUAUAACAAAUAUUACAUAUGUACAUAAAUUCAUUACAAUAUAUUUUUAAGUCUCGAUCGAAUACCCGGUGAAACUUGAGACAUUCGUUAGGAACAGUGUUGUGAACACUGAUGAUAACGGUGAUGACCAUAAAACAAAAAUAUAUAGUAUUUUACCCCCCUAUGAGCGUACUGUGCAAUUUAACAGAGUGCUUUGUCCAAAAAGAUACAGUGGUUACUAAAAUAAUGAAAUAUAAUUUUUAAUUAUAUAACAUUAAUAUUAGAAGAAUAUAAGUUACGAUCGUGUAAAUAAUGUAAAAAUAAUAGUGCAUUCAAAGAAGUACAUAGUACCUAUAUAUAUUA